CUUGGCAGAGGUGUCGUUGCGUUUAUUCGAGCCACUCUGGGGUUCGAACAGGAAAUUAUGCGCCAGGCCUCGGAGCGACUCAAUGCCGCGGAGACUAGUGCCUCCAACGACCAGCAUCGCGCGCAGCAUAACUCCAAUGCGCCCAACUCAUAUCACUCACAAAUAUAUGCUCCCGGCACGGAGUUUGCGCUCUGCCAGGCCAUGGCGCAGCUCAUGAGCGCCGUCGUGGGUGUCUUAAAUGAGAGUCUGACGGAAAGCAUCAAAGGGUUCUAUAAGCUGAGAAAGGCCUACAUUGCCCUGGACGCUAUUCUUAAGAUGGAGCAAAACUUUAUCGCGCAGGCACGGAACUCGGGGAAUAGCACCUCUACAGAAAGCCUGUCCCGGGGCUCGGGGCAAGGAGCGGGAGCAAAGUCCGCCCCCGCAUCGUCCGUCGAAGUUGCUGCCCUUAAAAAAGAGCUUUCAGACCUGUCUAUCUCCACAGAGUCCGAGGCAUCGACGCCGAAUCCUUCUGAUAUGCUAAGCCAUGAUCCUGACUCGGACAUCUUCAAGAACCAGAUUGAUGUCUUCAUCCACUCCGGCGCCAACUUCUGCUUUGGGAUCCUUUUGCUCUUGAUCUCUAUGGUGCCACCUGCGUUCAGCAAACUUUUGGGAAUUAUUGGCUUUCACGGGGACAAAGACCGCGGGUUGCGGAUGCUUUGGCAGGCCAGUAAGUUUAAUAACCUGAUCGGAGCCCUCUCCGCGUUCGCCAUUCUCGGAUAUUCCAAUGGCUUUGUCCGCUACUGCGAUAUCAUGCCCGACCCCGUCCCGGGAGACGAUGUCCAGGGAUAUCCCCAGGAACGGCUCGAAGCCUUGCUGGCGCUCAUGAGGAAGCGGUUCCCGAAGAGUCAGCUGUGGCUGCUGGAAGAGUCGCGGAUGAACGGUGCGAACAAGAAGCUCGAUGUGGCUUUGGAGCUGCUGUGCGGUAAAGAGCGCAGUCCGCUCAAGCAGGUCGAAGCACUACGGGUUUUCGAACGGAGUUUGAACGCCAUGUAUCUCCACAGAUACGAGCUCUGUGCCGAGUCUUUUCUUGAGUGCGUGGACCUCAACUCAUGGUCUCGAUCACUCUAUUAUUACAUUGCAGGAUCAUCCCAUCUCAGCUUGUAUCGAAGCGUUGUCGCGACUGAUGCUACUGCAGCAGCUACGCACGCCAAGAAGGCCACGGAGUACUUCCGAAAGGCGCCGCCGUUGGCUGGCAAGAAAAAGUUCAUGGCCCGGCAGUUGCCUUUCGACGUCUUUGUGUCGCGCAAGAUUGCCAAGUGGGAGGCCCGCGCCAAGGAGUGGAAGGUGCCCCUGGUGGACGCCGUCGGGGUGGAUCCAAUCGAGGAGAUGAUCUUUUUCUGGAACGGACAUAGUCGGAUGACGCAGGACCAGCUGGAGGAAUCCCUGACAAAGCUGGCAUGGUCGGAAAGCAAUGCCAACAAGACGUGGUCGCGGGAGGGACCGGAGGAGAAGGCCAUCCUACAGAUCCUGCGUGCGGCCGUCCUCCGUGCGAUGCGCCGACAUGGCGAGGCGAAGGAGAUGAUUCGCACGAGCAUCUUCAGCCAGGACAAGUCCCAGUUCACGGGGCAUCUGAAGGAUGACUGGAUCUACCCGGUGGCGCACUUUGAGAUGGCGGCUAAUUUGUGGAUGGAGCGUGCGACCUACUGCGCGGUCCAUGGGGGCCCAGACUCGGCCACCGAAAAGUCGGUCACGAAUGAUACCACGCUGGAGCGGCGCCAGGUGCGGGAGUGCAAGGAACACCUCGAGAAGGCGGCCCGGUGGGAGAGCUACGAACUGGACGCGCGCGUUGGGCUCAAGGUGACGGCCGCGAUGGAGGCGGUGGAAAAAUGGGAGAGCGCGCAUGCGAGCACCUCUGGGUGAUGAUGAUUGAUGUAUUAUGAUGCUGUACAUUUACCGCCGGGCAUUUGACCUUACGAUAAGACUAUGGAUAGACGGAGCAAUGGUUUUGCCAG